UCAUUCGCUCCGGGCUUUGUGUGAGCGUGCAGCAGUGGCACUGUGUGUGAGUGUACACCAGAGAGAGCAGACACAAACGAGAGAGAAGUAAGAGGAAGACUAAAAAGCAUUCUGUUUGCACACAGACAACCAGAAAUCCUUCUGACUGCAGUCGAGGAAGACCUGAUCGAAAGGAAGAAGGAAAUGAAAUAGACUCUAGAAAAAGAGAGAGAGAGAGAGAGCGAGGAAAAACAGGACUGCCUAAGACGACGAGAAGAAUAGUCUACCACACACACGUAUACACAGUCACAAACACAGCAGGCGUGUAGCAGCGAGGCAAGGGUACUCACUCACACACUCUCGGGACAGUUAAAAAAAAGGCAGGAAGCUGCCUGGAUCUUGUCAAGGGAGAGGUGUGUGUAUCCGUCUGCGGGUGUGUGUGUGUGUGUGUGUGUCUGCAGUAAGAAGAGAAUGGAGGAGGGCUUGUUGUCUGUGGCCCCAGCUUGCAACUCUACAACCACCAACGCCUUGCUCAACAACCACUGUGCCGAUGACAGUAUUUCGGCAGCGAGUGCAUCUGACGUGCAGGAUCGUCUGUCAUCGUUGGAGCUGCGCGUCCAACAGCAGGAGGAUGAGAUCGCCGUGAUGAAGGCGGCGCUGGCCGACGUGCUGCGACGCCUGGCGCUCUCCGAGGACACGGCCGCCACCGCCAAAAAACAGACCAGCACCAAAGGCCAUAAUCCCCUGCGCGAGGCCUACUCGAUGUCCUGCAUCCCCAACGGCAGCUCCGGCAGCCGUAAACCCAGCCAUAGAGACCGAGAUAGCUCCACAGUGUCCGUUGCCAGGAAGGAUACCUUCUCCUCAGCAGCCAAGAGCGGUCAGACAGCAGAGAGGAAAAAGGACACCCCUCCGAUGGAGGGAAUCAAGGAGAAGCAGGAGGGGCCCUCCCAGCCCAACCAGGCUAACGAUAAAGCCCCCCCUGCCAGCCCCAUGCAGCCCUUGCCGUCCCCCUCCAGCUCCAGCCACCCCCUCUCCCCUCACCCCCCCCAGUCCCAAAGGCAGGCCCUGGAGAACAAGGGCACCUCCCCAGCCAAAAGGGGUCACAGUGCGAAGCGGGGCACGGGGAUAGAGCGUUCUCAGAGCAGCACGUGGGAGAGUGGCGAGGAGAGCAGGAACAAGCUGGUGAAGGCUGCUUCUACCUCCAAACUGCUGGCCAAGGUGGUGAAGAACGCGGACAAGCAUAAAGACCCAGUGAUCAGCCAAGCCAAAAUGUCAACCCGCGAGAAAAACAGCCAAGCUGAGGGAGACUACAUCAAGAUGUUCAUGCGAGGUCGACCCAUCACCAUGUUCAUCCCUGCGGACGUGGAGAACUACGAGGACGUGCGCACAGAGCUGCCUCCGGAGAGACUCAAACUGGAGUGGGUGUAUGGCUACAGGGGGAAAGACUGCCGAGCCAACGUGUACCUGCUCCCUACAGGGGAGAGUGUGUACUUUAUUGCCUCUGUGGUCGUGCUCUUCAACUACGAGGAGAGGACACAGCGCCACUACCUCGGCCACACAGACAGUGUCAAAUGCCUUGCUGUUCACCCUGAUAAGAUCCGCAUUGCCACGGGACAGAUUGCAGGAGUGGAUAAGGAUGGGCGGCCACUGCAGCCCCAUGUGAGAGUGUGGGAUUCGGUCAGCCUGUCCACCCUGCAGGUCAUCGGCCUGGGCACCUUCGAGAGAGGGGUGGGCUCCCUGGCCUUCUCCAAAGCGGACUCGGGCACACACCUGGCGGUGAUUGAUGAUUGUAACGACCACAUGUUGACUGUCUGGGACUGGCAGAAGAAAUCCAAGAUCGCUGAAAUCAAGUCUACAAAUGAGGUGGUGCUUGUGGUGGAGUUCCACCCGACUGAUGCCAACACCAUAGUAACCUGUGGCAAGUCCCACAUCUUCUUCUGGACCUGGGCUGGCACCUCGCUGGCACGCAAGCAGGGCAUCUUCGGGAAAUAUGAAAAACCCAAGUUUGUUCAGUGUCUGGCCUUCCUCAACAACGGGGACAUCCUGACUGGAGACUCUGGAGGCAUCAUGUUGAUAUGGAGCAGGAGCACAGUGGAGCCGAGCCCAGGGAAGGGACCCAAAGGUGCGUACCAGAUCAGCCGUCAGAUCAAGGCCCAUGACGGCAGUGUGUUCACUCUGUGUCAGAUGAGGAACGGGACCCUGCUGACCGGAGGGGGCAAGGACCACAAGAUCAUUCUUUGGGACCACGACCUCAACCCAGAGAGGGACAUAGAGGUCCCCGAUCAAUAUGGAACCAUUCGCGCUGUGGCCGAAGGCAAGGGGGAGCAGUUUUUGGUGGGCACUUCGCGUAACUUCAUCCUGAGGGGAACGUUUAAUGACGGUUUCCAGGUGGAAGUGCAGGGACACACAGACGAGCUAUGGGGGCUGGCGUCGCACCCCUUCAAGGAUCUGUUCCUAACCUGUGCCCAGGACAGGCAGGUGUGCCUGUGGAACUCUGUGGACCACUCCCUGGAAUGGACCAGGCUCCUGGAUGAGCAUGGCCACUGUGCGGACUUUCACCCCAGUGGUGCUGUUGUGGCCAUCGGUACUCACUCAGGAAAGUGGUACGCUCUGGAUGCAGAGACCAGAGACCUGGUGGCCAUUCACACAGACGGCAACGAGCAGCUGUCAGUCAUGCGCUUCUCCUUAGAUGGCACCCUGCUGGCAGUGGGAUCACAUGACAACUUCAUUUACCUCCACACCGUGUCGGAGAAAGGCCGCAAGUACACCAGAUGUGGGAAGUGCAUUGGCCAUUCCAGCUACAUCACACAUCUUGACUGGUCCCCCGACAACAAGUUCAUCAUGUCCAACUCAGGAGACUACGAGAUCCUCUACUGGGACAUUCCAAACGGGUGCAAGUACAUCCGUAACCGUUCCGAGUGUAAGGACAUCGACUGGACCACCUAUACCUGUGUGCUGGGCUACCAUGUCUUCGGAGUGUGGCCUGAGGGUUCCGAUGGUACAGACAUCAACGCCCUGAUCAGGUCCCACAACAGGAAGGUGAUCGCUCUGGCUGAUGACUUCUGCAAAGUGCACCUCUUCCAGUACCCCUGCGCCAGACCCAAGGCACCUAGCCACAAAUACAGCGCCCACAGCAGUCACGUGACCAAUGUGACCUUCAUGCACAACGACAGUCACCUGGUGUCCACGGGCGGGAAGGAUACCAGUGUCAUGCAGUGGCGUCUGGUGGAGAAGACCCCCUCAUUGGUCCCCAGUGACUCCUCCCUCUCUCUAGGGGAGGGGCUCCUACAUAACUCCAUCCUCCGUGCUGCCAUCCCAGCGGUGCCUCUGACGCCCACCCCCACCGAGCCGGCCGCGCCGCCAACCACAACCCCUACCCCGCCCACCGUUCUCGACCUGACCUCUGACCCCACAGCGGCGCACUGCGGGGGAGUGGCUCUUGUCACACCUCCCCCCACGCCAACCUCCCCCACGACCAACGGACGGCAGGAGAGCUCCCCGGAAACCCCUCCCCCCGCCGAGCUAACCCCGCCCCCCUCUGACAGCACGCUGAGCCUCAAGGACAGCCUGGAACCAAGCGACGACACGGCCACGCCUAGCGACGAGGGCCGCCCUUUCACCCCAACCUCGUGAAGAGCCUCAGUUGUGAUGCAGCCAGCGCUCCUCUCUCCUGCUCAGCACCCCCCCCUGGAGGUGCCUCGAUGUCGCUGCGUCUCUCGGGCGGAUUCCAUCUCUGUUCAGGUCUCUUUUGGUUUUCAGUUUUAGUUUUGUCUUCGUGCUCUUCUUUUUGUUUCUUUUUGAUGUCUGCGUUAUUCGGAGAAUAGUGGCGGAUGUACGUGAGACAAGGCAGUGAUGUUAGUGGCUUAUGUUGUUUUUUAAAGAUGAUCACCCGACGUUGUGAGAGCGUGAGGAGAGAAUGUUGUGGUUGUUCUGGUUUAUACGGUUAAGUAUGUGUCUGCUAAUGCUCACUCCUCAGUCCAGCCCUUAUUCAAUAUUGAUCACAUGUUUAGGCUAUGUUGCCAUAGAAACGUGUAUAUACUCAUCUAAUCCUUACUCGAUAAUGCAACAACCUGCAAUAACACACCAUAGCAUAAUGUGCGACCACACACAACCAUUAACACACCAUCACAUACAGCUGAUGACAACAUACUCCAUCACUCCGGGCUUUCAAACAGGUGUGUGUGUGUGUGGGGGGGGGUUACGGUUAGAAUUAGUGUCAGGGUUAGAAUUAGGUUUAGGGUUAGCAGCUAGGGUUAGGUUUAGGGUUAAGGUAAGGGUACAGGUUAGGGUUAGGGGUUAAGGAAAAUUGGAUUUUGAAUGGGACUUAAUUGUAUGUCCCCACAAGGUUAGCUGCGCAAGACUUGCGUGUGUGUGUGUGUGUGUGUGUGUGGGCUGACAUGCAUGCAGACUGCCUUUCCAUGGCAAUAAGCUGUUCUCUCUACCAGAGUCCCUGCAGGGAACUCAUCCAUCCAGCCUCGUUGUAACGGCCAGAAAGGUUCAUAAUGAGCCAUAGGAUAUCCUGUGGCCAUGGACACAAUGACCGCACUGAAGCACCAGCGACCAGUACCCAGCAGACUCUCACCUGCUCGCCCUACAAUAACAUGCUACCAUUUUCUCUGUUUAUUUCUAUUUCCCUUUUGGAUGUAUACCUUUUAAAAUCUUAUUCUGGGGACUGUUCCUUCUCUGCUGGAAUGGACUGAGAUGUUUUUAAGAAGAAAAAAAAGAAUAUAAACAAAAAUAAAAAAGAGUCUUAAGUGUCUGCGA